CAGAGCCGACCGACCCGACCGACCGCCCGACCGCAUACAAACACGGCAGAGAUAUCUUCUCUUCUUCCGCCACCUUCUUCCCUCCCUCCCCACCGAUCCCCAAUCCCCUUCUUCCCCACGAUCAGCGGCAGCCAGCCGCCGCCGCCGCCGCUUUCUCAAGCCGCAAACCCUAGCGACGACGGCGCAUUGCCCUUGCCCCCCCUCCGCCUCGGCGCGGAUCUGGCGGCCGCCGACGCCGCAUGGCGCUCUUCCGCAAGUUCUUCUACCGCAAGCCCCCCGACGGGCUCCUCGAGAUCACCGAGCGCGUCUACGUGUUCGAUUCGUGCUUCAGCACCGACGUCUUCGACGACGACGACCGGUACCGGCACUACAUCGGGGACAUCGUCUCGCAGCUGCGGAGCCACUUCGCCGACGCCUCCUUCAUGGUCUUCAACUUCAGGGAUGAGGAGUCGGACCCCGCGCCGCCGCACUCCCAACCCCAACGCCAACCCCAGAGCCUGCUGGCCAGCAUCCUCUCCGGCUACGACAUGGUGGUCAUGGACUACCCGCGCCACUACGAGGGCGUCCCGCUCCUCACCAUGGAGACGAUCCACCACUUCCUCCGGUCCGCCGAGAGCUGGCUCUCCCUGGCCCACCACAACGUGCUCAUCAUGCACUGCGAGCGCGGCGGCUGGGCCGCGCUCGCAUUCAUGCUCGCCACCCUGCUGCUCUACCGGAAACAGUUCAUCGGCGAGCAGAGGACGCUCGAGAUGGUCUACAGGCAGGCACCCCGCGAGCUCAUCCAGCUGCUCUCGCCGCUCAACCCCAUGCCUUCACAGAUAAGGUACCUGCAUUACAUAUCUCGGAGGAACGUGAGCUCCGAGUGGCCGCCGGGCGAUCGGCCGCUUACCUUGGACUGCGUCAUACUGAGGAACAUCCCGGGAUUUAAUGGGGAGGAUGGAUGUAGGCCGAUAUUCCGUAUCCAUGGGCAGGAUCCUCUGUUUGGUACAGAUGACAACCCCAUGGUUCUUUUCUCAACACCAAAGAGGAGUAAAUACGUUCGGCUUUACAAGCGGGCAGACUGUGAGUUGAUUAAGAUCGAUAUUCACUGCCAUAUCCAAGGAGAUGUUGUCCUUGAAUGCAUUAGCGUUGAUGCUGAUCAGGAACAAGAAGAGAUGAUGUUCAGAGUCAUGUUCAACACAGCAUUUAUCAGAUCUAACAUUCUGAUGCUUAAUCGUGAUGAAAUUGACAUAAUGUGGGACGCUAAAGAUCGAUUCCCGAAACAAUUCAGAGCUGAGAUUCUUUUUUCAGAAAUGGACACUGCAGAUCAUUUUGACCCCAUGGAAGCGGCAGGUAUAGGAGAGAAAGAGGGUCUACCAGUCGAAGCAUUUGCAAAGGUUCAAGAGAUGUUCAGCUUUGUGGACUGGUUAGAUCCGAAAGGGGACGCUGCAGUCCAGUUUUUCCAACGGCUUACUUCAUCGGAAAAUAUACAGCUGAGGCAUGGGUUGGUGUCUCCAGGCAAGAAAGAUUCAGGCAUUAAAACUGAAACAGGGCAAUGGGACUUUGGUUCUCCAACCAACAAAGAAUUUGACAAUGCUCCAAACAAACCAAGCAAUGCUGAACACUCAACAGUCUUGGCCCUGAUGGAUCCGGUCAGCAUUUCUCAAGGAAAAUCAGGAAAUUCCAUUGUUCAUAAGGAAAUAGCACGUAUAGCUGACAUCAGUACCAAGCGACCAUCUUCACAGGAAAAGCCUGAUGAGCAAUAUGGCCCAGUACAGUGCUCUUCACCCACUAUGAUCAUGUCACAGCGGUUUCCAGUUUCUAGGUCAAGUUUUGCUCUUUCUAGCAACUCAUCUCCGAGAUCACUUUCAGCUUCCCCAAGAUUCCAUAGUUCACCUUCAGCCCUAGGAAUUACAGCUUUGUUGGAAGACCAUGCUGCAUUUGGAGGUUCGGAAAAUUGUGGUUCAACCAUAAUCGCACCCACAAUAUCAAAUCUUUCAAGUGCCACGAUCAAAAUUCCAUCAAAGGGAUCACCAGGACAACAUUCAACAACAGGUACUCCUGUUGUAACAGAGGGUACACCACCACCACCUCCUCCUCAGACAUCAGCGCCGGCGUUGUUGGUGGCAUCUGAUGCUAUUAUGAUGUCUGAGGCAACGUCUCAGAAUCAUUCAGGUUCCAGUAACAUUGUAAAAGAUUCGUCACCAACUUCUCCUGCUCACCAUCCACCUCCAUUGCCUACUUUGCCGUCAUCUUCCAGUUCUCCUAGUAUUCACUGUCAUCCAGCUCCCCUGGUUGCCCCUACUUCAACUUUAUUCAGUCCUCCAGCACAACCAUCACCCCCACCUCCAUCCACCCCUAGGCUUUCUCCUGUUAAACCUCCCGCAUUGCCCCCACCUCCACCUUGUGCUCCUACAUCCCCUGUUAGACUAUUUCAGUCUCCUCCAUCUGCACCUAACUCCUCUCCCAGCAGACCUCCUUCACCGCCUGCACGUCCGCUAGUUGCUUCUACUUCACAUGUUGUUGGACCUGCUGCACCAGCUCCAUCUCCACCUCCACCUCCCCCGUUCGCUUCUACACCAUCUCCACUUCCACCACCAGCAUCUCCUUCAUCGGCUUUUCGACCUGCCGCACCACCUCCAUCCCCACCACUUGUUUCUACUUCAUCUCCUGGUCCUCCUGCUGCACCACUUCCACCACCUUCCCCAACAUCAUCUGCCAUUAGAUCUUCAGCACCGCCUCCGCCUCCGCCUCCACCUCCAGGAAUUGCUUCUACGCCGCCGCCGCCACCACCACCCUAUGGAAAUUUGGACAUAUCAUUGGCAUCUCCUCCAGGUCCACCACCACCUCAUGCUCCAAGCUUCUCAAAGGGUGCCAGCUAUCAGGGUUGUGGAUGCAAAGGAGCUGGCAGUGUAGUGCCUCCACCAGCACCUCCUGGUGGUAAUGCUAAUUUCUUUGGUACGAAGGGGCGUGGACCUGCACCUCCUUCAGGUCCAAUGUCUAAGAGCCUUCAAUCUGGCCAGGCUACAUCUAGAAGGUCCAAUUUGAAGCCACUGCACUGGGUGAAGGUAACACGAGCAAUGCAGGGCAGUCUCUGGGCGGAGGGGCAAAAAGCUGAGGAAGCUUCAAAAGCCCCGGUGUUCGACAUGUCAGAACUAGAAAAUCUUUUCUCAACUGUUGUACCAAAUUCAAAUGCUAGGAAUUCAGAUAAGUCGGGGAGUCGUGCAUCUGGGACGAAGCCAGAGAAAGUUCAUCUGAUUGAUCUUCGCCGGGCUAACAAUUGUGGAAUAAUGCUUACAAAAGUCAAAAUGCCCCUUCCAGACCUAAUGAGCGCUAUUCUUGCUUUGGAUGAUACUAUCCUAGAUGCUGAUCAGGUGGACAAUCUAAUUAAGUUCACUCCAACUAAAGAGGAAAUAGAACUUCUGAAGGCUUACAAAGGAGAUAAGCAAGUACUUGGUGAAUGCGAACAGUUCUUCAUGGAGCUUAUGAAAGUACCUCGUGUGGACUCUAAGCUGAGAGUUUUCUCAUUUAAGAUUCAAUUCCGUUCUCAAGUUUCUGACCUUAAGCGAAAUCUGAACAUUGUUAACUCAUCUGCAGAAGAGAUAAGGGGUUCGGUGAAGUUGAAAAGGAUUAUGCAGACGAUUCUUUCUUUGGGAAAUGCAUUAAACCAAGGCACUGCUAGAGGUUCUGCAGUUGGUUUCAGGUUGGACAGCUUACUGAAACUAAGCGAUACACGUGCAUGUAACAAUAAGAUGACCUUAAUGCAUUAUUUAUCCAAGGUGCUUUCUGAGAAACUUCCAGAACUUCUAGAUUUCCCUAAAGAUUUGGCUAGCUUGGAGUUGGCAGCAAAGAUACAGUUGAAGUCUUUAGCAGAGGAAAUGCAGGCCCUAAACAAAGGACUCGAGAAAGUGGAGCAAGAAUUAACUAUAUCUGAAAAUGAUGGUCCUGUGUCGGAGAUCUUUCGCAAGACACUAAAGGGUUUUCUCAGUGGUGCUGAAGCUGAAGUUAGAGCCUUGACUUCACUUUAUUCUAACGUGGGUAGGAAUGCAGAUGCUCUAGCACUUUAUUUUGGAGAAGAUCCAGCACGUUGUCCGUUUGAGCAAGUGGUCACGACGCUCCAUAAUUUUGUGCGAUUGUUCACGCGUUCUCAUGAAGAGAACUGCAAGCAGUUGGAUCUUGAAAAGAAGAAAGCUCAGAAGGAAGCAGAAACAGAGAAAACUAAGAAGGAAUCAGAAAUUGAGAAAGCUAAGCUCAGUCAUUCAAUUAAGGAGCUAGACAUUGCACAAGCCCAAAAGGAAGCAGAAACGGAGAAAGCCAAGAGGGAAACGGAAAAUGAGAAAGCUAAGCUCAGUCAUUCAAUCAAAGAACUGGACAUGGCACUCCAAUCACAAGCACAAACGGCCAGUGCCAAAUGAUCGACCUGUUUUACCAGAUGAACCUGGUUCUUGCUGCUGCCUUGUGCUUUCUCUCUGGCAGAAGCAUUCCGGAUAUCUUGUGCUGGGUAUAUUAGUUAACAAGGAUACAAGUAAAACCGGCUGCAACAAGGCCAUCUAUCUAAUGUAUUGCUAUACUUCUAACAGAGCGGUUCAGGAUGAAUGUCAUCCCUGGCAACAAAGCUGUAUAGUUCUAACAAAACUAUAGGUUUUCUCUUUCUGUCUUGGUGCUAGUUUUGGCCAAUGCCUUACAGUUACAAUUUUAUAUAUUUAUAUGUAGCUAAUGUUCAGCGAAAUGUAAAAUAAAAUGUCUGGCCAGUAGGAAUGAUUGUUGACUUAAGCUAAGGCAAUAAAGCUUGUGCAUGAUUUCAUUGGUCU